AUGUCUCUUAUGACCAGCUACCUUAAACGAGGUCACACGCUCUAUACCGACAACUGGUACACCAGUGUAGAUUUAGGCAGAAAGCUCUUAGAAGAAGAUACUCACCUCGUUGGUACGUUCCGCAAAAACAAAAGACAUUUGCCUAAGGACGUUAUGACAGGAAGCCUAAAAAAGGGAGAAUUUCGAGCAAAAGAGAACGAAGACGGUAUGACAUGCAUGAAGUGGAAAGAUAAACGAGACGUUUAUUUACUCUCGACAAAACAUUCAAUUGGAUUUUCAAGAACACUAAAAAGAGGCAAGGAAAUAAUAAAACCUAAAAUUGUGACCGAUUACAAUAAUGCUAAAGCAGCAGUAGACAUAUCGGAUUAA